AUGGCGGAUCUUCGACGGCGAGUACCGGUUGGGGGACUCAGCGAUGUUGGAGGAGAGGUGAUUUGUCUUGAUGAUGAGGGUGUUGUUGAGGAGGGUGUUGAUGUAGGUUUAGUUGGUGGGGGUGGGGGUAGUGGUGGGGGGUAUUAUUACUACGAUGAUGAGAGUGAAGAUAUCUCGGAGUCUGAGACGACUUCGGAUGAGGAAGAGAGUGGUUGUGGUGGAUGUGGAGGGUGUUGGGAGGAAGAUGAGUGUUGCUUUGAGAUGGUGGAGUGUUGUUCUGGUAGGUAUGGCUGCCAGACUGGAGGGGGGAGGGGAAGUUGUAGUAUUGGAUUUGGAUGUGAGAUUGGCGGGAGGAUGACACCAAGGGAUUGUGGAGGUAAGAGGGGGAAGAAGUGUAAGGAGUGUGAGAAGAGGAAGAAGUGCAAGAUGUGCGAGAAGGGGAAGAAGAAGAAGGGGAAGGGGUUCUGGAGUAAGCUUUAUCCUGUUAGGAAGUUGGGGGAGUGGGGUGGUGAUGUUGUUGGUGUUUCGAGGUGCCCUGGUGAGGUUAGUAUUCCCUCCUCUGUUGUCUUUUUCUAG